GUGGGAUGCUAUGGAAUAUGAUGAGAAGCUGGCCCGGUUCCGGCAGGCCCACCUCAACCCCUUCAACAAGCAGCUUGGGCCAGGGCAGCAUGAGCAGGGAGUUGGCGAGGAGGUCCUGGAUGCUGCCUCAGAAGAGAUCCCACCUGAGCUGCCCCCCGGGGAACCUGAGUUCCGCUGCUCUGAGCGUGUGAUGGAUCUCGGUCUGUCUGAGGACCACUUCUCCCGCCCUGUGGGUCUGUUCCUGGCCUCUGAUGUGCAGCAGCUGCGCCAAGCAAUCGAAGAAUGUAAGCAGGUGAUUCUGGAACUACCUGAGCAGUCAGAGAGGCAGAAGGACGCGGUGGUGAGGCUCAUCCACCUCCGGCUGAAGCUGCAGGAGCUGAAGGACCCUAAUGAAGAUGAGCCCAAUAUCCGAGUCCUUCUGGAGCACCGCUUCUACAAGGAGAAGAGCAAGAGUGUCAAGCAAACCUGUGACAAGUGCAACACCAUCAUCUGGGGGCUCAUUCAGACCUGGUACACCUGCACAGGCUGCUAUUACCGCUGCCACAGCAAGUGCUUGAACCUCAUCUCCAAGCCCUGUGUGAGCUCCAAAGUUAGCCACCAGGCUGAGUAUGAGCUGAAUAUCUGCCCUGAGACAGGGCUGGACAGCCAGGAUUACCGCUGUGCUGAGUGCCGGGCGCCCAUCUCUCUGCGGGGCGUGCCCAGCGAAGCGCGACAGUGCGACUACACAGGCCAGUACUACUGCAGCCACUGCCACUGGAACGACCUGGCUGUUAUCCCUGCGCGUGUGGUGCAUAACUGGGACUUCGAGCCACGCAAGGUGUCUCGCUGCAGCAUGCGCUACCUGACUCUGAUGGUGUCGCGGCCAGUGCUCCGGCUCCGGGAGAUCAACCCGCUGCUGUUCAACUAUGUGGAGGAGCUGGUGGAGAUCCGGAAGCUGCGCCAGGACAUUCUGCUCAUGAAGCCAUACUUCAUCACUUGCAAGGAGGCCAUGGAAGCCCGGCUGCUGCUGCAGCUCCAGGACCGACAGCAUUUUGUGGAGAACGAUGAGAUGUACUCCAUCCAGGACCUGCUGGACGUGCACCUGGGCCGCCUCGGCUGUUCCCUCACUGAGAUUCACACACUCUUUGCCAAGCAUAUCAAGCUGGACUGCGAGCUGGCAUUACCUGCCCACCCAACCCCAUGGUGUCUCCCCUCCCCUCCCUGCCAGCGGUGCCAGGCCAAGGGCUUCGUGUGUGAGCUCUGCAGAGAGGGUGAUGUGCUGUUCCCAUUCGACAGCCACACGUCUGUGUGCACAGACUGCUCAGCCGUCUUCCACAGGGACUGCUACUAUGACAACUCGACCACGUGUCCCAAGUGUGCCCGGCUCAACUUGAGGAAGCAGUCCCUCUUCCAGGAACCUUGUCCAGACAUGAACGCCUAGAAUGCUGGAGGAAGCUCCAGGCACCCUUGCCAUCUGGCAUGCACCCUGAUGGCAUUGCCAAAGAAAGGGCAUUCAUUCUGCUGCAGACCCCUGGGGUGCAUCCUAGAUAGAGGAGGUAUAGCAGUGCCCACCAGGACUGUUGUUGCCUGGGUGCUUGCUGGGCCCUGGGGCAGCUGUACCUGGCUGGUACCUGUGUGUGCUGUUUUGAGGGGUUGUGAUGUGGCCACCGUAGAACCCCACGGGCAGGGUGAUCGGGGUGACUCACCAGGGGAGGGAAGGAGGACCUCUCACCUCCCUCAUAGCACAGCCCCCAUCCCUGCCCCGGGCCAAGGCCUCUGGGUCCUGCAGAUGCCCCUGCUCCUGUCCAGCCCACCAUGGCCACAGGCCAGGCUGAGACCCUUGAGGGUGUCAGAAGAGUGAGGAAUGAGACCUGAGGAAGCCGCCUGCAUACAGCCAUCUCCGCCUGAGUUUUGUCUGCCAUGGUGGAUGGUUUCAGCUCCUGUUCCUCCCAGCCCCUUUGAGGGAUUCUGGUGGUCCCUGUCUUGGGAUAUUUAGUUGUGUCCCACGCUCCUGUCCUGGCCUCCUGAGGGCCUUCUGAGUCCUCAGGCAGGCAGUCCAGUGGGAUUCCUUGUCCUGGUACAAUAGGCAGAGAGAGAGGGGCGUGGAAGCUUGGCUAGCUGGACACCCCAGCUCUGCCUCUGGCUCUGGCCCAGCCCACCUGACCCUGGUGCUCUGAGCUAGGCAGCCAGAGGCUUUGCCCACGCUGGUAUCCUGGCUUCCAGGUGCACAGCAGGGAUAGUGUCCCUGGGGAAGGUGCCAGGUCAGGCAAGAGGGUUGGAUGCAGUUGGCCUGGGUGGCAUUUCUUGGGACCAAAGCUGUCUUGUUGCCAUAGUGCCUGUGAAAGGUUUAGUUGACCUCUGGGCUGGGGGGGCUCUGGGAGUAUUUACUCAAUACAGCCCUGAGCAGAAGGCCUGGAGCCCCUGCAGGAAGACCCAGA